AUGGCAAGAAAUUGCGCAGUUGCCAUAAUUUUAAUAUUAACCCUGGCAUCAGUGGCGUCGAAUUCUUUGGCUUACAGACCCGGAGACAUCGUUCCCAUGAGCAGAAUGGGUCAAUACCACGCUUCGAGAACUCCUUGGCAUGACAUGAUUGGUCGCCACUGCCCCAUCUUUGCCGUUAAUCGUGAGGUAUUAGUUCCGGUACCAAAGCCAACGGGUUACACUGGAGCUGAUCCCUACAAAUUAUCAUUUCAAGUUGGAAGAGAAAAAUUUUAUAUUCCGUGGCUUUUUGUGGUAAACCGGAAGAGUUCUGAAGUUCCUAUGAUUGAUGUGCAUUUGAGGUACUCUGGAAGCGAUUUGCUUGGGAUCACUGCAAAAGUUCUAGAUAUGCCUCAUCGCUAUGUUGAACUUCAUCCUGACAUUCGUAAACAAUUUUGGGAUCCACAACAUUGGCCAAAGCAUGUGCUUGUCAGAUACACAUGGGAGGAGCAGUCUGAGAUAGACGUGGCUUCUGGAUUCUUUGUUCUCUUUGGAUCAGGGCUUCUAGUGUCAUUUAUUCUCUCGAUCUACAUUUUGCAAUCAUCUCGAGAUAAAUUAGCAAGGUUCGUGAGAGAGACUGUUGCAGAAAGCAGCAUACCUGGUGGAGGAGUGGCGAAAGUUGAAUGA